UCGGCGGGUUCUUCGGCCUCACUCUCCUUCCCCUCUCGGACCCCGGCCCUGCAGCAGGGCCUGUCGGGAGUUGUAGUCCCAAGGCUGCGGCCGCGCGCGGCGGCGAAGAUGCGGGGCGCCGCCUGUCCCCGCCUCCCCCUAACCUGCUAGCGCGAGGUGGGGGAGCACUGGGGAGGAGACGUCGGGUCGGUGAUUGGCCCAGACCGCCUCCAGCCCCCACCCACGUCCCCUCCCCAGCCCGCGGCUUCCGACUCCAGCGCCCCGCGCGCCAAGGCGGCGAUCGAGCGAGCGCGCGUGCUGCCGCCGCCGCCCCGAGCACCCGCAGCUCCUGCGCCGCGUCAAGACCGAGGAGAGACGGACCGACCGACGGACCCUCGCAGCCGCAGCAUCCCUGAGGAUUUUUUGAAGUAGGCUUCAUACCCAGCGUGGAGCCCAAGGUGGGUGUGAACUGGAGACCCUGAGAUCAAGACCUGAGCUGAGAUCAAGAGUUGGAUGCUUAACCCACUGAGCCACUCAGGAACAUGCUUGCCAAUUCAGGCAGCGUGAGGAUUCUCAUCAAGGGAGGCAAGGUGGUGAACGAUGACUGCACCCACGAGGCUGACGUCUACAUUGAGAAUGGCAUCAUCCAGCAGGUGGGCCGUGAGCUCAUGAUCCCCGGAGGGGCCAAGGUGAUCGAUGCCACUGGGAAGUUGGUGAUCCCUGGAGGCAUUGACACCAGCACCCACUUCCAUCAGACCUUCAUGAACGCUACAUGCGUGGACGACUUCUACCACGGGACCAAGGCGGCACUAGUCGGAGGCACCACCAUGGUCAUCGGCCACGUCCUGCCUGACAAGGAGACCUCCCUCGUGGAAGCCUACGAGAAGUGUCGGGGUCUGGCCGACCCCAAGGUCUGCUGUGACUACGCCCUGCAUGUGGGGAUCACCUGGUGGGCACCCAAGGUGAAAGCAGAAAUGGAGACACUGGUAAGGGAGAAGGGUGUCAACUCCUUCCAGAUGUUCAUGACCUACAAAGACUUGUAUAUGCUUCGGGACAGUGAGCUCUAUCAAGUGUUGCACGCUUGCAAGGACAUUGGAGCGAUCCCCCGAGUCCAUGCUGAGAAUGGGGAGCUCGUGGCUGAGGGUGCUAAGGAGGCGCUAGAUUUGGGAAUCACGGGCCCAGAAGGAAUCGAGAUCAGCCGCCCAGAGGAGCUGGAGGCUGAAGCCACUCACCGAGUUAUCACCAUUGCAAACAGGACUCACUGUCCAAUAUACCUGGUCAACGUGUCCAGCAUCUCGGCCGGUGACGUUAUCGCAGCUGCUAAGAUGCAAGGGAAGGUUGUGCUGGCCGAGACCACCACCGCCCAUGCCACUCUGACAGGCUUACACUACUACCACCAGGACUGGUCCCACGCGGCCGCCUACGUCACGGUGCCUCCGCUGAGACUGGACACGAACACCUCCACCUACCUCAUGAGCCUGCUGGCCAAUGAUACUCUGAACAUUGUGGCAUCAGAUCACCGGCCUUUCACCACGAAGCAGAAAGCUAUGGGCAAGGAGGACUUCACCAAGAUCCCGCAUGGAGUGAGUGGUGUCCAGGACCGCAUGAGCGUCAUCUGGGAGAGAGGAGUGGUUGGAGGAAAGAUGGACGAGAACCGUUUUGUGGCCGUUACCAGUUCCAACGCGGCGAAGAUUCUCAACCUGUAUCCCCGCAAGGGCCGCAUCAUCCCUGGGGCCGAUGCCGACGUGGUGGUGUGGGAUCCAGAAGCCACAAAGACCAUCUCAGCCAGCACCCAGGUGCAGGGAGGAGACUUCAACCUGUACGAGAACAUGCGCUGCCACGGCGUACCGCUGGUCACCAUCAGCCGGGGACGAGUCGUGUAUGAGAACGGUGUCUUCAUGUGUGCUGAGGGCACUGGCAAGUUCUAUCCCCUGAGGUCCUUCCCAGACACUGUCUACAAGAAGCUGGUCCAGAGAGAAAAGACCUUAAAGGUUAGAGGAGUGGACCGUACUCCCUACCUGGGGGACGUAGCUAUCGUUGUGCAUCCCGGGAAAAAAGAGAUGGGAACGCCACUCGCAGACACUCCUACUCGGCCCGUUACCCGACACGGGGGCAUGAGAGACCUUCACGAGUCCAGCUUCAGCCUCUCUGGUUCUCAAAUCGAUGACCAUGUUCCAAAGCGAGCUUCGGCUCGGAUCCUCGCUCCCCCCGGAGGCAGGUCAAGCGGCAUUUGCCCUUUGCUGGGUCGCGGGCCUUGGGAAGAUGCCAAAGAGCCGAGCAGUGGUGGUGGCCGGCGGGCAGAGUGUCCCUGCUUGGGCCAGGAAAGCUUUACCUUCUCUGAGUGCCUCUGCCUGAGAGAUGCAUGGUCUGUGGCUCUAGGAGACCACGUCUUGGAGUGGUCCACCGCAGGCCUUCCGCUUCAUCUACCCUCCCCACCCCCACCCCCGAUCUUUCAUAGACCCCACCCUCGCACCCCCGAUCUUUCAUAGACCCCACCCUCGCCCGGGAGCUUCUAGAUGAAGAUCAGAAGGAGGCUCAGGGGACCACAUGAACGGUCCGCUUCCGCCACCCGCUCCUUGCCCCUGUGCAGAGCUCCAGCCGGCUCCAUCGGCAGCCCCACUGCCCCUGGUUGGAAUGAAAAGGGUCUCUGGUUGCACUGAAUGCAGCUCUCAAACUGGUCUUGUACUUGCUGAAUAAAUACUGUUGUUCUUGCCUUAGCUGCUCUCUAGGUUUGUGGGAAUAAGUUAUCAGAAAAUUGUGCUACUGUGUGUGCGUGUGCGUGUGCGUGUGUGUAGUGCUAGGAGUCCACAGUAGGUCUCUGUCAAGCCGAUGCCGCGAUGAGGGCUUUUCCGAUACUGACCCAGAAACCACAGAACCACGCGAAAACCCAAACCACCCUCUCCAGCUGCCCGGGCGGCAGGCACAGCCUGGGGUCAGGAUGGAGCCUCCAGCACCCAAGUGACUUCUCACUCCUCUGUAAACGUCAUGGUGCUAAGAUCGUGUCAACCCCAAGAUGACACAUGGUCCUGUGCUUUGGCCACCUGUUUGAGGCAAAAACAAAACAGCCCGACACAUUGUGUUCUGGUGCAGGUUUGUAUUAAACUGUAGCUACUUCUCA